UUUUUUUAAAUCAAAUGGCUUUUCGCUGUAUAAAUGCAUUCAAUAUUAAUAUCAAUCAAAAUCUGCAAAUAAGUGACCGAUUUAUACGAAAAGCGUUACUAAAGCCGUCGUCGUUGGUCAGCAAAAACUAUGUUAAACGAAAUUUACGACUACUAGAGGACAGCCAUUUCCUACCGAAAUAUAAUGAUUUAUUAGUAAAGUUAAGGUCAAUGAUAUUCAUGUCCGCCGAUAAUCAAGAAGUGCCCAAAGGUUUUGAAAAGUUUUUUCCGAAAAGCGGUUCAAAAAAGCCAUCGGCGGCGGCGGCCGAGACAACUACCAAACAAGGAAAGUCAUCGGCGGCUAAACCAGAGGCCAAUAGCGAAGGUCAACAAUCAUCGUCACCUCCGCCACAGCCGCCGCCGCCGUCAAAGUCUGGACCACAACAACAAGGCUUUCAGGCAUCGAAACCGAAAGAAUGGAAGUUUGAUUACAAUUUGAAUUUCGGCGGCGGAAAGGGUGGCGGCGGCGGUGGCGAAGAAGCCAAUCGAUGGACAAACAUUGCAUUGGCUACCACUUUGGGAGUGUUAGGUCUUCUGGCCUACAAUGAGAUGCGCUAUAAGGAGAUCACUUGGAAAGAGUUUAUCAACAACUACUUGUCCCGCGGUAUUGUCGACAAACUGGAAGUGGUCAACAAAAAAUGGGUACGCAUACGAUUUGUGCCGGGUUCGGGCGACGCGGCCAACAUUUUGUGGUUCAAUAUCGGUAGUGUCGAUACAUUUGAACGCAAUCUGGAGAACAUACAGCUAGAGAUGAACAUCGAGCCGACCAACUUUAUACCCGUAGUCUAUAAGACCGAAAUGGACGGGUCAAGUGCUGUCAGUUUUAUACCCACUCUACUGAUAAUCGGUUUUCUUGUUUGGUCAAUGAGACGGGCAUCCAAUGUGAUGGGCGGUAUGGGUAAGGCCGGCCGCAAAGGUGGCGGCAUUUUCGGUAUGGGCGAGUCAACUGCUAAACUGAUUAAUCCGACCGAUAUUGGCGUCAAAUUCAAAGACGUCGCCGGUUGUGAAGAAGCAAAGAUCGAAAUCAUGGAGUUUGUAAACUUUCUGAAGAAUCCGCAACAGUAUCUGGAUUUGGGCGCAAAGAUACCCAAAGGUGCACUACUAACUGGUCCGCCCGGUACCGGUAAAACCCUGCUGGCCAAAGCAACUGCCGGCGAAGCAGCCGUACCGUUCAUUACGGUAAGCGGUUCCGAAUUCCUCGAAAUGUUUGUCGGUGUCGGACCAUCGCGUGUACGCGAUAUGUUUACAAUGGCCCGCAAGAAUGCUCCGUGCAUUCUGUUUAUCGACGAAAUCGAUGCCGUCGGCCGCAAACGCGGUGGCCGUAGUUUUGGUGGCCACUCUGAACAGGAAAACACACUGAAUCAGCUGUUGGUCGAAAUGGACGGUUUCAAUACGACAACCAAUGUCGUAGUAUUGGCCGCUACCAACCGAAGCGAUAUACUCGAUCAGGCCCUGCUCAGGCCCGGCCGAUUUGAUCGGCAAAUAUUUGUACCGCCACCGGAUAUCAAAGGUCGGGCAUCGAUAUUCAAAGUACAUUUGGGACCUUUGAAGACCCAGUUGGACAAACUGGAUGUUGCCCGCAAAAUGGCUGCCCUGACGCCGGGGUUUACCGGUGCCGAUAUUGCUAACGUAUGCAAUGAGGCCGCACUGAUAGCCGCUCGCGAUCUCAACGAAUGGAUUAAUUUGAAACAUUUCGAGUCGGCUAUCGAGCGGGUCAUUGCUGGCCUCGAAAAGAAAACAAAAGUCCUCCAACCGGACGAAAAACGUACGGUUGCCUAUCACGAGGCCGGCCAUGCAGUGUGCGGUUGGUAUCUGGAACACGCCGACCCCCUACUGAAAGUGUCGAUCAUACCGCGCGGUAUGGGACUCGGCUACGCCCAGUACCUACCAAAAGAACAGUACCUCUACUCCAAAGAACAACUAUUCGAUCGGAUGUGUAUGACAUUGGGUGGCCGGGCAUCGGAACAGACAUUUUUCGGCCGAAUAACGUCCGGUGCACAGGAUGACCUGAAAAAGGUCACCCAAAAUGCCUACUCCCAAGUCGUACAGUUGGGUAUGUCCGAUAAAGUUGGCCACUUGUCGUUUGAUUUGCCACAACCGGGCGAUAUGGUUGUCGAUAAGCCGUACAGCGAAGAAAUGGCGCAACUGAUCGACAGCGAAGUCCGCGAACUGGUCCGCCAGGCCUACGAUCGGACCAUUGAGUUGAUUGCCAAACAUAAAGACGAUGUCGAAAAGGUCGCCUUAAGAUUAUUGGAAAAAGAGAUACUAAACAGAGACGAUAUGAUUGAACUGUUAGGCAAACGGCCGUUCAAAGAGAAGUCGACGUACGAAGAGUUUGUCGAAGGAACCGGUAGUCUAGACGAAGACAUAUCAUUGCCUAAAGGACUCGAAGGUUGGAAUGAAGCGAAAACCGACGCCAAGAAAACAGAUGUCGCCAAAGAAAAGACAUCCGAAGAGCCGACAAAUUAGUUAUUAAUAAUAAAUAUUUAUAAU